UAAAAGGCGUGAAGGCAUGAGGGGGAAGUCUGAGACAGACAAACUGCCUCACCAGCUGAGGAAAGCCACAAUGUGAUAGUAAAACAUGCACAAGGAAGAUAAGUUUCACAUCUGCAUCAUUUAAGCAGCAUUUAGCACACAGAGGAAGACCAGCAGUCACAGCAUGUUCAGCUUGGCUGAUGCAACUCAGCCAUGGACGUCACUGACUACUGCACACUUCUGCUUCUGCAUCACGUGACCAUCUUCCUCUUCCUAUUUCACUCACUCAGAGGUCAAAUUCAGGUGACUGGUCCGUCCCGACCAAUAGUGGCAACAGUCGGAGACGACACAAUCAUACCGUGCCACCUGGAACCUGCCGUGAAUGCUUCUGGCAUGAGGCUGGAGUGGGCGAGACCUGACCUGAGCCCGGGGAUUGUACAUGUGAGGGCAAACGGUCAAGAAUAUGCAGCCCACCAACAGCCGUCAUACAGAGGGAGAACAUCAGUGUCCAUCAGCAACCUGCAGCACGGAGACCUUUCACUGAAACUGUCCAAAGUGAAAGUCUCUGAUGAGGGCCUGUACAGAUGCCUUGUUCCAAGACUGGGUCUAGCUGUUUAUAUACAGCUUGUUGUUGGUGCCGUCUCCUCACCGGUUAUCCGUUUAAUGAACAAUUCCAGCAGAAGGGUGGUUCUCCAGUGUGAGUCUUCUGGCUGGUAUCCAGAGCCUGAGGUGUUGUGGCUGGACGGUGAGGGAAAGCUCCUCUCUGCUGGACCUACAGAGACAGUCAGAGGUCCUGAUGACCUCUAUACUGUCAGCAGCAGAGUGACUGUGGAGAAGAGACACAGCAACAGCUUCACCUGUAGAGUCCACCAGAAGGACACCAACCACACCAGAGAGACACACAUCACUGUUCCAGUCCUGUCGAGGUUUGUGAAAGGUGUCAUGGUUCCAGGUUUUUUCUGCAUCUUGCUGAGUAUUUAUUUAACAGCAUGUAGAAAGAGACAAGGUGGAGGGAAGGAACAGGAAACUGAGAAGAAAGAAUCAGCAGUGACGGAGAAUCAAACAUGACAAGAUCUUUGGACGGAGUAAGAACUGGAAGUGGAGCUUUUAAAAGUCUGAAAGAAAUCAGAGAACAGCUGUUAAAUGAAAUAACAAGCACUCUGUAAAAAUGUGAUAAGAAAAUGAGUAUUGCAUUAUAAAAGCUGAAUGGGAAAGGCAAAAUUAGAUUACUUAAUUGCUCAAAGAAGUUUUACACUCUGCUUAUAUGUACUCUUCUUCUAGUAUACAAUUAGUUUCCGUAUCCGGAUUGUAUGAAACACGGCCAACUCUAGCUGACAUGAAAGAACAAAUGAGAUCUUUCUCUCAUUUUUUUUUCUUGUAGAUGAGUUAGAUGGCCAAGGUGACUUGUUUUCUUCUUGGUUUAUGUCAAUACCCGUACUAAUACCUACAAAUUAUUACUUAUACCUACAGUUUCUAAUGGCAUUUGUAAUUACUAUGACCACCUCUAGUGUAGCAUCAAUUAGUAGUAGUUGUAACCAAAGAGGAAGUCAGGUAUAAAGAGCGAUAAAGGUCACAUAGGGACUAGGUCGUGGUGGACGGAUGAGUCCAGAGACGCAGGACUUUCACACAGGAGUCGAUGUAUAAGUGACUACAUCACAAACUUAUUUCAACACAAACCAUGAUUGUUUUUCUGAAAUCAAACCAAGUAGUUUUGGUGCCUAAACAUAACCAAGUUCAGUUUCACAUGAUUUGUAAAAAAGUAGGGGUGCACCGAUCGAUCGGCGAUUCCCUUAAUUUUGCGGGAUCGGCGAUUGGCCGAUUCCUUUACGUCAAACCGAUCUUUUUUUUCUUCCAGAUAUGAUGAACUAUUCGAUUUUUUAUGAAUUAAUGACUAUUUGAAUA